AUGUUCGGAUCGUUGUCCUCUGAGAGUGUCGUCUCAUUGUCGACACUUCCCUUCGUUCCACCGAAAAUAAAUUGCAUUCCCUUUUCCUAUCCACUUCCUCCUCUUUUUGCAUUUUUCUUCUUUUUAUCCCACACGUACGUCAUCCGUCUCCUCAUUUUCAUUUUACUCCUCUUUAUCCAACGCUUUGACGGGGCCCGCACGCCCCUCUUUCAAGAGCGGAUCCCGUGGCUCCCUCCUCAUUCCUCCUCAAACCUGCAUCACCGACGACCCCGUCGAGGUGACGCUCUGAUAGCGGUGGUCUGGUGUGGUGGAAUGAAUGCCUCUUCUUGUGACUUCCAUCCGGCAUUCCUCCUCUUUAUAUUUUUCCUGCGUCUCCGCAAGGUACACGCCCUUAGGAGUACGCGUUUAUCUUCAUCGCUGGGGUCUGUGGCUCCUGUUGCCUCUAAUAAGGCUCCCCUCCUUCAUCCCCGUCAGACGGUUCCCUUAUUCGCCCAGUUAUCUCGUCGAGGAAUAUAUUAA